UUUUCCUCCCCCCUUCGCGGGCGCGUGGGUGCCCGAACAUUCUCCGUCUCCCGUCCCCGCUGGGAGGCCGCGCCGUUGCCAGCGCGAAAGCCUGUUGGCGCUUUCCGUGGAGGACUCUUCGGCUUCCUAGCCGGUGCAGUCGUUGCCGGCGCGUCCGUCUACUACUAUGUGCUUGGAGACUACCGUGUUUCCAACGAGAUGUUGAAUGACGAUAUUACUGCUCUUCAGCAUGCUACCAUCAAGCUUCAGUCCUACAUUACGGAGCUGGAGACCCGGGUGGAUCAGCUGAAGAAGAAAUGA